UGGGGGCGGGACCUCGGGUGCACAAAUGGGACUUGGGGCGGAGCGGACGCAAUUUCCCGCCGAAUUCGCGGGCCGUCCGGUGUUAGGAGCAGACCGGGAGCUGAAAGGUGCUGCUGUGAUGGUUCGUCCACUAAACUGCAUCGUCGCGGUGUCCCAGAACAUGGGCAUCGGCAAGAACGGGGACCUGCCCUGGCCCCCGCUCAGGAACGAAUUCAAGUACUUCCAAAGAAUGACCACAACCUCUUCAGUAGAAGGUAAACAGAAUCUGGUGAUUAUGGGUAGGAAAACCUGGUUUUCCAUUCCUGAGAAGAAUCGACCAUUAAAGGACAGAAUUAAUAUUGUUCUCAGUAGAGAACUCAAGGACCCUCCACCAGGAGCUCAUUUUCUUGCCAAAAGUCUGGAUGAUGCUUUAAAACUUAUUGAACAACCAGAAUUAGCAAAUAAAGUAGACAUGGUUUGGAUAGUCGGAGGCAGUUCUGUUUAUAAGGAAGCCAUGAAUCAGCCAGGCCAUCUUAAACUAUUUGUGACGAGGAUCAUGCAGGAAUUUGAAAGUGACACAUUUUUUCCAGAAAUUGAUUUGGACAAAUAUAAGCUUCUCCCAGCAUACCCAGGUGUUCUUUCUGAGGUCCAAGAGGAAAAAGGCAUCAAGUAUAAAUUUGAAGUAUAUGAAAAGAAAGAUUAGCAUAAAGAUGUCUUCUGAUUUAUUUCAAGUUCUGCUUCCCGCUUAAAAAAUUAAUGCAUUUUUCCGUGAAAAUGGGACUUCUGUUGACUUUAGAUCUAUGAGUAAUUAUUUCUUUAGGGUAGGGGAUUGUUGGGAGUGAUUGCUUUGUGGUGCUAGGGGUGGAAUUCAGAAUCUUGGGCGUGCCAGGCAACUGCCAUACUACUGAGCCACAUCCCUUGCUACUGAAUAAUUCUUUCUAAGCAGUCUGUUCUCAUUUCCUGUUAAUCUGACUAGGUUAUAUUACACAUACUAUAAGAAAUGUUGCUUGCAGUAAUGGUCUCAGUACCCCUCCUUCGAGGCCUCAAGUGAACUCCAGCAGCUGCUUUUGGUAGCAUGUGUACAAGAGUGGAACAUGGGAGGUCCCCCUGGAAAGUAUGAGUUGAUACAGGGGUUCAAGGAGAUAGGAGCUAGACAGAUGAGUCCAAAGGGCCAAAAUGAGUUUUAAACAGAAGGGCUAGAACUCAGACUUAGAAAAUUAGAUCAAAGUAGGAAUCAUGAAUUAUUCUAUGCACAUCACACCUCUCAACAAAGUUCUGUUCACUCAGAAUCAGUAAAUUGAGAACUCCAUUCUGUUCCAUGGAGAUAGUGAAGAAGCAGGUGGGAGCUUACCUAAGGUCUGAAACAUUUAAAUUUUCUGUUGCUCAUCUUCAGUGAAAUUCUAAGGAAUAUUAUAGUGACAGAGGAAGAAUAGGCUGCUUUCUACCAAAAAAAAAAGGUACUAGCAAGCAUAAUAGCUACAGUUAAGAAUUCAGAGAUAAUGGCUUGAGAGUGGGUAUUGCUUGAAAUGAAAAUUAGUAAGUUAGGAACUAAACUUUGUGAAAGUGAAAAAGAAUUAAAAUUUCUUCCCUACAUGUCAGUAAAGAUUUAGAUUUAGGCAAAAGAAAUGGUAUUUUCUGCCUUAUAAAGUGAUGCACUUCACAAAGGUUAGCCUCCUCAGGAAGGAAGCUCGGGAGGGAAUGAUGACAGUAGCUUCCACCAGAGCACCGUGCACAGUGAAAAGCAGAUUCAGGUGAAAGUUGGAAGCAGCCGAGGUUUCUCGUGGACUUGGAAUUUUAUUUUUGACCCAAUGAAUUUGAGAUGACUAAGAAAGGAAGGAAGAAAAGAAAAACUGAAAAUAAUGGAGAUGUGCCCUCAAAAUUCUAAGAAGAAAGGUGUUUUCAACAAGUUAAAUCUACAGCUGGUCAAACGAAGACCAAGGCGCCUGGGUCCCCUCCUGUCUUUUCUUGGAAAGCUGCUAAAGGAGAUGCUCCAGCAAAACAAAGAAUUAUGCAGACCAAAGGGAAAUGCUAAGAUCUAGGAAAUAUGACUCAAAACAGGUAGUAUUUGGGGGGCCAGGAAUGGAGUGGAAGGUCAAGGGGAGGUGGGAGAUUAAAGGCCAUUCAUGGA